CUGGCCCCCAUUUGAAUUCAAAUUCUGGAAGCAUUCGUCUGACCUUUUUUCAUUUUUCAAAAUCUCUCUCUCUCUCUCCUUCUCCCUCCACUCUCUGUGAAACCCUAGUCACUCUAUACGCUCCCAUAUCCUCUACUUAACGCUGAAAUCAACCAUUUUAAGCGAACGACGGCGAUAUCAUGACGGCGGUGUCGCAAUCUGCCGGAAGAGAGCUCGAAAACCCGCCCAAGGACGGCAUAUCCAACCUCCGCUUCUCCAACCACAGUGAUCACCUCCUUGUUUCUUCUUGGGAUAAGACGGUUCGUUUGUACGAUGCAAGUGCUAAUGCCUUGAGAGGAGAGUUCAUGCACGGAGGUGCAGUGCUUGAUUGUUGCUUCCACGAUGAUUCAUCUGGAUUCAGUGCCAGUGCUGAUAAUACCGUUAGAAGGCUUGUGUUCAACUCUGGAAGAGAGGAUAUCUUGGGAAGGCAUGAUGCACCUGUUCGCUGCAUUGAUUACUCAUAUGCAACUGGACAAGUGAUAACUGGUAGCUGGGACAAAACCUUGAAAUGCUGGGAUCCUAGAGGUGCAAGUGGACAGGAACAUACUCUUGUUGGAACUUAUACACAACCAGAGCGUGUUUACUCUCUCUCCCUUGUUGGGAACCGGUUAGUUGUAGCAACUGCUGGAAGACAUGUGAAUGUCUAUGACUUGCGGAACAUGAAUCAACCUGAACAGCGGAGGGAAUCAUCCUUGAAGUAUCAAACUAGAUGUGUGCGGUGUUAUCCCAAUGGAACAGGCUAUGCUCUAAGUUCAGUUGAAGGUCGGGUUGCAAUGGAAUUUUUUGAUCUUUCUGAGUCCGGUCAAUCGAAGAAAUAUGCAUUUAAAUGUCAUCGAAAAUCUGAAGCUGGAAGAGAUAUCGUGUACCCUGUAAAUGCGAUUGCAUUUCACCCUAUCUAUGGUACUUUCGCCACUGGCGGUUGUGAUGGUUAUGUUAAUGUCUGGGAUGGUAACAACAAAAAGAGGUUGUAUCAGUACCCUAAGUAUCCUUCUAGUGUUGCCGCGUUGUCAUUUAGCAGAGAUGGUAAACUCUUGGCUGUAGCAUCAAGUUAUACAUUUGAAGAGGGAGAAAAGCCUCAUGAGCCAGAUGCCAUAUAUGUCCGCAGUGUAAAUGAAGUUGAAGUGAAGCCAAAGCCAAAAGUUUUGCCAAAUCCUACCUCAUAAAAACUAGAAAUCCUCCUCCAUCCUUUCUAUGUGUUGAACUUGUUAUCAUAUAUUGAAAACAAAAAAAAGACUUUUAUCUACUUAAUAUGCCAGUUUGAUUCCAGGACUCCAUUCUCUUGACUGGAAAUUUUUAAAAACAGUUGAAAAUUUGUAAUUAUCCACUUAGCAAUUGUACCUUUUCUAUGACAUUCCGCAGUCUCAUUCUGUAAAGAUAGAGCAAUAGCAUGGUUGCCUUUG